AUGGCCGACGCCACCGGAGCUUCGCCGCGCGACGCCCCUGAGCCGCCGCGUCUGAGCAAAAAUGCCAUGAAGAAGGCCCUGCGUGCCGCCGCCAGUGGGGCCACUGCGACUGCGACUGCGAAGCCCAAGAAAGACAAAGACCCGAAUCGCUGGGCGCCCAAGAGCGACUCGAAAAAGACGCGCAAGUCGGCAACGGCGACGUCGACAGGUAGUGCGCCGUUUGUCAACGUGACGCCCAAAGGACAGAAGAAGGACGUGCAGGCGGAGCCCAUGCGCGCUGCGUAUCAGCCCGUGGCGGUCGAGGCGGCGUGGCAGGACUGGUGGGAAGCUUCGGGCUUUUUCACGUGCUCGGACGACCGGAUCCGGACGGCGGCCGAGCGCUUUGUGAUGGUCAUUCCGCCCCCGAACGUCACGGGGUCGCUCCACUUGGGCCACGCGCUGACCGUCGCGAUCCAGGACGCCCUCACGCGCUGGCACCGCAUGUUGGGCCACGCCACGUUGUGGGUGCCGGGCACGGACCACGCGGGCAUUGCCACGCAGUCGGUCGUCGAGAAGCGGCUGCUGCGCGAAGAGGGCAAGAGCCGCCACGACGUCGGCCGCGACGCGUUCCUCGAGCGCGUGUGGGACUGGAAGAACCAGUACGAGAGCCGCAUCCACCACCAGUUUCGCAGCGUCGGCUGCUCGGUCGACUGGGACCGUCAGUACUUUUCCAUGGACGACAAGUGCAGUCGGGCCGUGCGGCACGCGUUUUGCCAGUUGUGGGAAGACGGACUGGUGUACCGCGCCACGCGGAUGAUCAACUGGAGCUGCAAGCUCAAGACCGCGCUGUCGGAGAUCGAGGUGGACUACAUUGACAUUGACAAGCGCACCAAGAUGGCUGUCCCGGGGCACAAUAGUGACCGCAAGUACGAGUUUGGCGUGCUCACGUCGUUUGGCUACCAGGUGGAGGGAUCACCCGACGAGCAGGUGAUCGUAGCGACAACGCGAUUGGAGACGAUGCUGGGCGACUCGGGUGUAGCCGUGCACCCUGAAGAUCCGCGGUACAAGCACUUGCACGGGAAGUUUGUGGUCCACCCGUUCAAUGGCCGUCGCAUUCCGAUCGUGCUGGACCCGAUCCUAGUGGACAUGACGUUUGGUACCGGAGCUGUGAAGAUCACACCGGCCCAUGACCCGAACGACUACGAGUGUGGCAAGAGGAACGACCUCGAGUUCAUCAACGUGCUCACGGACGAUGGUGCGAUCAACGAGAACGGGGGCGAGUUUGCUGGCAUGAUGCGGUACGACGCGCGUAUUGCCGUCGAGAAGGCGCUCGAUGCCAAAGGACUGUAUCAUGGCAAAGUCGACAACAAGAUGCGUCUCGGUGUGUGCUCGCGCUCAGGCGAUGUCAUCGAACCCCUUGUGAAGCCGCAGUGGUUUGUCAACUGCGAUCAGAUGGCGAAGGAUGCAAUGGCUGCUGUCACGAACAAAGAGCUGACGAUUCUGCCUGAGUCGCACGAGAAGACGUGGUUCCGCUGGCUGGAGAAUAUCCGGGACUGGUGCAUCUCGCGUCAGCUGUGGUGGGGUCACCGCAUCCCAGCUUACUUUGCUCGCGUCAAGGGGGAGCCGUUUGUCGACAAGAACUCGGACGAUGCUAGCGACCGCUGGUUUGCGGGCACUUCAGAGGAAGACGCGCGGCAGAAGGCAUCGACAAAGCUCGGUGUAGCAGCGGACCAGCUCGAGCUCGAGCAAGAUGAGGAUGUGCUUGACACGUGGGUGAGUGCCGGUCUAUUCCCGUUUGCAGUGUUUGGCUGGCCGGACAAGACCGACGACGUGGCGAACUUCUACCCGACGGAUCUCCUCGAGACGGGCUACGACAUUUUGUUCUUCUGGGUGGCGCGUAUGGUGUUCAUGGGCCAGAAGCUGACGGGUAAGCUGCCGUUCAAGACGAUUUACCUGCACUCGAUGGUGCGCGACAAGUACGGCCGCAAAAUGUCGAAAAGCCUGGGCAACGUGGUCGAUCCGCUCGAAAUCAUUGCUGGAUGCUCGCUCGACGACUUGUGUAAGAAGCUCGAGAACGGGAACCUGCCGGCAAAGGAGGUCGAGAAGGCCAAGAAGGGUCAGAAGCUGGACUUCCCGCAGGGUAUUCCAGAGUGUGGUGCAGACGCGCUUCGUUUCGGUCUGCUGGCAUACACGCAACAGGGCCGCGACAUUAACCUGGACAUUGGCCGUCUCGUUGGCUACCGCAACUUUUGCAACAAGCUGUGGAACGCGGUGCGGUUUGCCAUGUCCAACCUCGAAGGCGGGUUUUCAGCUGCUGAAGACGUUGCUGACACGGUGCUGUCCAAUGCAGUGGUGAGCCUCCGUGACCGCUACAUUUUGAGCCGCUUGAAUCACGCGAUCAAGGUCUGCAACGACUCGUUCGCCGCGUACGAGUUUGGCGAGCUGACAAACGCAUUGUACACGUUCUGGCUGUACGACCUCUGCGACGUGUAUCUCGAGCUCACAAAGCCUGUGAUCGCUGGCGACAAUGCAGACGCGAAGCUCACGGCACAGCAGACGUUGUACGUGUGUCUGGAGUUUGGGCUGCGUCUGCUGCACCCGUGCAUGCCGUUUGUGACCGAAGAGCUGUGGCAGCGCUUGCCGGGCAAACGCCCGACUGCGAGUAUCACAAUUGCAUCGUACCCGCUAUCUAUGGAGGGCUGGACGACUGCGGGUGUCGAAGCGAACAUGGAGCUCGUGAAGGACGUUAUCCACGCCGCCCGUUCGGUCCGUGCCGAAUACGGUCUCGCGAACAACGUGCGUCCGCAGUUCUUUAUCAAGUGCAUUGACACCGACGUGAAGGCGGUGAUGGAAGCGCAGUUGGAUGACUUUGCGACGCUCGCGAAGGCCGGCGACUCGAAGUGCAUUGUGGACGAAGAGGCACCGCAGGGAUGUGCGGUGCACAGUGUCAACGAUAAGGUGCAGAUUUUCGUGCUGCUCGCUGGUCUCGUGGACUUUGCCAACGAGAUCAAAAAGCUCGAGACAAAGCUGACGAAGAUCGCGCCGUCGCUUGCUAGUUUGGCAAAGAAGAUGAGCUCUGGCGACUAUGCAUCGAAGGUGCCGGCGACCGUGCGUGAGGCGGAUGCUGCGAAGAAGACCGCAUUGGAGACCGAGGAGGCCGGCAUCCAUCGCGCUAUUGCCGACUUUCAGCGUCUUUUGUGA